CGUGCGCCGGAUAUAUUGCGUCCCCCAACAGAAGAAGCACCAAAUGCUGAUGUGUUACAAGAAAUGACGCCGCAGGGACCCUUGUGAGUCUCUUCAUUUGAUGCAGUGAUAAAUAAUAACGUAGAGAAGCGGCGGAGGGUCACAGGUCGAUGUUAGAGAAGCGGCAGAGGAGGAGAACAACAGCAGCGGGUCAGAAUGGCGCCCAAAGGUAAAGUUGGCACAAAGGGCAAGAAGCAGAUCUACGAGGAGAAUGAGGCGACACUGAAGUUCUACACCAGAGUCAUCCUCGGAGCUAAUGCAAUAUAUGCUGCAGUAAAUCUUAUGGUUUUCUACAGUUCGUCGACAUUUUGGACAUGGCUGCUGCUUGGAUUCGCACUAGCAGUGUAUGUCGGGAGUUACCGCUCCAUGUCUGCGAUGGCCAAGCCAGUGUUUGCUGAGGAUGGAAGUCUCCUGGACGGAGGAAUAGACUUGAACAUGGAGCAGGGAAUGGCAGAGUAAGUUACGCCUCACAUCUA